UAGGCUGCUUUCCUCUAGUGAUGAGAAGCCCACUCUGCAUCUUCACCUUUAUCAUCAUGAGCUUCAUAGCAGACUGUGCAGAGCAGAGUCCUAUGGUUCUAUAUGAAAUGAAAGGAAAAACAGUCCAUCUCUCACUGGGUGAACAGCUUAACAUGACCCAACUCAAGUGGAGGAAAAAAGAAGAACUAAUUGCUACUCUAGAAAACCAAAAGACAGAGAUUAAGGUUCGGAACAAAUAUGGUUUAGAAGUCUCUAACGGAUCCUUGACAAUUAAAAAUGUGACAGAGGAAGACAGUGGACUUUACAAAGCCCAACAUGGACAAUGGGAAACAAAUGUCAUCCAAUACCAUCUGAAAGUACAGGAGGCUGUCUCUGAUCCAAUUAUUAACACCGGCCUCCUCCAGUUGAACUCAUCUGCCGAUGUUUGCCGUGUGUUGAUAAACUGUUCAGCUGAUGGAGACACAGUGAUGUAUGACUGUGAUCUCCAAAACUGCCCUGGGACAAAUUUCUCACUGUCAGGGGUCAACAUUACCAUUGCUGUAACCAGCAAUGGAAUUGUGGAAUGUGAAGCCAUCAACCAUGUGAGCAAAAAGAAGACAUCAACACCCAUGGAUAUCACAUGUGCCAAAAUGAACACUGCAAUCCCUGAUAGAACACCUGAUUUCAUUUUGGUUUGGAUACCUGUGUUGGCUUGCCUGAUGAUGGUUUGUCUACUGGGGGUCUUCUUUCUGAUCAAAGGUUACUAUUCCAAAAAGAAAUCACAGGUUGAGAACAUCCAUUCAGACAGGGAGAUAAACACGGUGUAUACUGUAGUGCACAAACGACGGACUCCAACGGAGAACCCUGCUGCAAACUGCCCACCACUCACAGUCUAUGACGUUCCCUCAAAAUAUGUCAAGGCUUUUCAAAGUACCAAUGAGCAAAUGCAGACAGACAAUCGGGAGCACUCUCUGGAGGAACAAACCAGUACUGCAAACACUGAAGUACAAGAGAAAGCAGAAGAUAAACAUCUUACAGUUUACUGGACACUGGGACAGAAAUUAUAACCAUGAAACAAUACCAUCAUGGUUACAUAGUGCUGAAUAAGCAUUUCUGAACUUUGAACAGUUUAUAUCUCCAAAAGCAAUAGCACACACGACUAAGAAACAAAGAAACAAUGCUUAUUAUACAUAAUUCAAUUCAAUUAAAUUUUAUUUAUAUUUUAACAGCUGAGAUUGUCUCAAAGCAGCUUUGUAGAAUCCAGUACUAGAGGGACAUAACAGACUGUUAAGUAUGCGUAGAGGGUGUGUGUCGUAUUGCCAGCAAGGAUAUGCCCUGGUGCUGAAGGGAAGCCCUUCAUGCACUAAAGUCAUGACAUCUGGAGAGACAGAAGGACUGGACUAGAAAUAGCAUACUGCAGUCAUGCACUACCAGCCAAUCAGACAACAGGUCCAGAAUGGCUCAAGAGAUACAUGGAAGUUGUUGCUUGGUGUGCAGAGAUGCAUUAAGUAUGCAUUUAUCUAACCAAAUGCCUAACAGCUAGGUUUAAAGAAUGAAAGUAUAUCUCAGUCUCACAUAUUUCCAGAGAUUAUUGCAUAGCUGAGGGGCUUCAUAGGAGAAGGCUCUGUUCCCAGCUGUAGUUUUCUAAUAGUUCCUGGAACUACUAAGGGGUCUGCAUCUUGUAAUUGUAGCAUUUGCAGUAGAUCUGCACAAUAUGAUUGCCUAGGGACUUAGGGACAAUAUCAUUUCAAGCUUUAUAUAUUUUGAAGUUAAAACAGUUGAAACAUGUAACUAGUAACCAGUGCAGUGUCAACAGAAUAUGGUAUUUGGAUUGUAGACAGUACUUUAGCUGCUGCACUCUGGAGCUUGCAGUAGGCUAACCUUAAGAUGAUAAACAUAUGAACUUCCAUUUGCAUAUAAUUUUUUGUUUAUACUGUAUAAUGUACAUAUUAUCUAUCUAUCUAUCUAUCUAUCUAUCUAUCUA